AUGUCAAUCGGAAAAGGUACAUAUUAAAUCCGUGCUAAAUUCGAAAAUCCAGUAACUGGUACACCAGACCUUAAAGAAAAUCUCCAAAUUAACUUUGCAAUAUACCAAGAUGAUGUAUGGUCAAAGAUAUAUGAUGAAAAAGACUGCUCUUUAAUAAAAUAAUCUGCAAGAGAAAGAAGAUUACUUCAUAUCCCAAUAAAUGGAUAAUUUAGUCCUUAUAUAAAAGGCGAUUUAUAACAAAGAAAAAGAGAACAUGUAUGGUAUUUUUCAUUAAAUGAUUGCGAUGAAAAUUUAAGUACAAUAAAUAAUAAUAAAAUAGUUUUAGAGUUAACGAUUUUAAAUAGCGACGAGUCACAUUUUUCAUUUGAAGAUGGAAAUUAUACUAUAUUUUAUUUACUAAUUUCAGUGUUUUCAGGAUUCCUAUUUUUUUAUAACAUAAAGCAUUUAAAAAUACUUGCAAAGCAAAAUGAAGAAACAAAUGCUGCACUUUUAAUGCUAAUAAUUGCCAUAGGAGCUUGGAAAUUAAAUUUUAGUAUUUGA